AUGAAGUGUGAAUUGUGCUAGACUAGGAAUGCCAAGAUAAAGCGCCCUAAGAACUAAAUGCCUGUAUGCCAUGAGUGCUUCUACAUAGUAUUUGAAGAAGAGAUUCAUCAUACUAUUAUGACUAAUAAUCUGUUCAAGAGAGGAGAGCGCAUUGCUAUUGGUGCCAGUGGGGGAAAAGACUCCACAGUGUUAGCUCACGUAAUGACUACUCUGAAUAAGAGAUACGACUAUGGCUUGAAUCUUGAGUUGCUCUCAGUAGAUGAAGGUAUUAUAGGGUAUCGCGAUGACUCACUUGAGACUGUGAAAAAGAAUUAAAUAACAUAUGAGCUUCCUCUAACUAUUGUAUCGUAUAAAGACCUAUAUGGAUGGACAAUGGAUGAAAUUGUGAAGGUUAUUGGACUGACUAAUAAUUGCACGUUCUGUGGAGUGUUUCGUAGAUAGGCUCUUGAUCGUGGAGCCAUGCUCAUUAAGGCAGACAAGAUAGUUACUGGACAUAAUGCUGAUGAUAUCGCAGAGACUGUCUAUAUGAAUAUUCUAAGAGGAGAUUUCUUUAGACUUCAUAAAUGCGUUGACAUCAUGACUGGAAGAGAGGAUGCUUUACCUAGAUGCAAACCAUUUAAGUAUACAUACGAAAAGGAAAUAGUUAUGUAUGCUCAUUUCAAGAAACUAGAUUAUUUUUCAACUGAAUGUAUCUAUUCUCCUAACGCAUACAGAGGAUAUGUGAGAGAGCUGAUCAAGGACUUAGAGAAGGUGCGCCCAUCAAUUAUUACUGAUAUUAUCCACAGUGGAGAGUCAAUCAAGAUUGACACCUCUAAUGUCUAGUUCCCCAAGAAAAUGAACUGCAAGCAGUGUGGAUUCGUCGCUUCCAAUGAUCUCUGCAAGGCCUGUGUCCUUUUAGAUGGUCUGAAUAAAGGAAAGGCAAGAGUGGCAAUUGGAAGAAAGGAAUGA